CCCCAGAUGUGUAUUUUCGUCACCAGGCUGCAACCCAAAAUCUUCAAAUAUUGGUAAAGUGGACUACUAGUAAUUUGUAGUUUCCUUCUUGUCUUCGAUUGAGGCAGCUCCUUACUUUUAUAUCGUGUCCCAGACACUUGGUUAUACGAAAAGGGCUGUUAGGCUGACUGUAUCGAUGAUGUGGGGUUCUUUGUGAUUGUUCGGCGGACUCGUUAUCAUAAUCGGGAGCGGUAAUUCUGUGCUGUCAAUCACCUACUUAACUUCUGCCCUGCCAACGCAAACGCUAGCAUAUCCAUGAGAAUAAAUUUGAGCACCUUAAUUAGAUUUUCGUUUUCCUUCGGAAUAGGAGUAAGCAUCGCGACGUCUCGUUUGAUAGAGGAGUAAGCUUACUUCUAAGCCCCUCACCUUAUAUUCGUCUGGAAGUCUUCGUCAUGUGGAACAUUUGGUCCUUCUUCCACUAUCUAGCAAAUCUAGAAUGGAGAGAAGUACGGAAAGACUGCGUAUUUUGCGACAGAAGCAAGUUCGAGUCGAAUAUAGUGCAUGAGGAUGACAAUCUUAUCGCGAUAAAUAACAUUAGAAAUGCGGGAAUGUACCACUGGAUCAUAAUGCCCAAAUCUCACGACUGGCGCGAUAUCGAGGGGUUGGAACCUCAGGAUGCACAUUUAGUCCAGUCUAUGAUCAAAGUAAAGAAGCAUCUGUUAGAGAAGCACUGUCCAAUGGUAUCGCCCACCGACGUACAUACCGGGUUCCAUCGCGGACGCCGAGUCCUACUGGGAGAUAUUUACUGGCCGGACAUUAUUUCGAUUCACCAUUUACAUAUGCAUGUUAUCGUUGAGCCUCAAUUUUGGCUCAAAUUCUUCAAAUAUCCACCUUGGUUGUCACUUAUGUGGAAGUCUGAGGAGCAAGUAGAACGAGAACUGAACGGCAAACAGGAAAAUGAUGAGCCUUGGUUGUUUUAUUUCGUUCGGAUCGUGAUAAAGCGUAUUUACAAGGGAAAUAAGAGUGACUAAUCGCGGUUAAUAAGACAUCUACCUAAGAGGUAGUACCAUCGCUUAUUUGAGUAGGUAGCCUGGGAUAUUAGAUCAUGUAGAUAGGAGGUAGCAUUUAAUAAUCUGGAUUAAGACUCUACAAGCCUUCUUAACAAUUAUAGAAACAACUUUACCUCCUCAAAAUUAAGGGGGCAGAGCCUCCUAUAUAACACCUUUUCCACUAUUAUCCCCGG